GCUGUUACGUACUCACCAUGCUUCUUCUACUAAAGUUUUUUUGUAGUUAAUGUAAUUAAUCAACUCAUCAUUAAAUCCAUUUUCGAUAAUGAAACAAACGGAUGUGAUAUACACAAAAGUAAGGCGGAAUUGAUGAAGUUAUAAUCGGUUAUGAAACCCCCGCAGCAGCAGCUUGUGUAACCUGUCAACUCAUCAUUCAUUCAUUCGUUUUGUAACACAGCUUCGGGGAAACAUUGUGUCUGUCAGUUGACGUGUUUCCUCGAAGAGAAUGUCUGUAAGUAGCGACAUGAGGUCCGUGUCUCGGGUCCGUGAGCUGUUGAAAGAGCUGAUGUUGGGUCGUGAGGAUCCGGACGGGUUUUUCUGUCUGUGCUUAUCUAUGCUUGGAGACACAGACACCCGAACACACUUUCUGGACCUUGUCGAACCCCUUUUAUCUGGACAUGAACGUCUACACAGUCAGCUGACUGCAAUCUUUCUGGAGUACUUCUCUAAGGAUGAAGCAGAUGAAUUAGAUUUGGCCUUGACACUCUCUGUUUAUGAAACCAAACAAACCAAACCAGAUCAUCAGCGUCAUGUGCCUCCCUGUUACAAAAGCUAUGCCGACACAACUACAGAAACUUCAGGUGUUGAUCAGGCAAAUGUCAAUGAUGCUGUAGUACCAGAGAACCAGGCUGUUGCAAAAUGGACACUAGAUACUAAUGUUCAUAAAAACACAUGUGCCAUUAAAAACACAAAUAAACACAAUGACGAUCUCAAGGUCACAAAGUCAACGAGGUCACAAAAGCGUCGUCAGCGUAAACAACAGCAUUUGUUAAAAAGCCCAUUGGGACCACGACCAGUUCUCCUCUGGUUCAGAAGGGACCUCCGCAUGUGGGAUAACCCUGCUCUGAUUGGCUGCCUAGAGCUUGGUGCACCUAUCAUUCCUGUCUUCUUAUGGAAUGCAGUGGAGGAGGAGGGUCAAGGGGUUACUGUGGCAGCCGGUGGGGCGUCUAAAUACUGGCUGCAUCAGGCACUAGUGAGUCUGAACUGCUCUCUGGAGCAGCGUGGAAGCCACUUGGUGACCCUAAAGGCAGAGGCCUCAUCUUUGAUAGUGCUGCAAGAGCUGAUCGCUGAGACGGGGGCAGCGUCAGUUGUGGCAACGGCCCUGUAUGAGCCGUGGCUGAAGGAAAGAGAUGAUAGUGUGUGGGAGAAACUGGAGAAACAAGGUGUUAAGUGCCAUAUCUACCACUCAUACUGCCUUAGAGACCCCUAUACGGUCAGCACACGGGGCGUUGGACUACGAGGUAUCGGUUCUGUCUCUCACUUCAUGAGCUGCUGCCAGCAGAAUCCUGGGAGUGGACUGACUGCUCCGCUGGAUGCUCCCGCUGCCCUGCCUGCUCCCUCAACAUGGCCACAGGGAUGCCCACUUGUUGAUCUGGGACUGGCACGCAUGCCACGCAGGAAAGAUGGCACAGAGAUUGACUGGGCUGCAAACAUUCGAAAAUCAUGGGACUUCAGUGAGGAAGCAGCUCAGGCUCAUCUUGAGGCCUUCCUGCGAGAUGGUGUGUACCGUUACGAGAAGGAGUCAAGUCGUGCGGAUGAGCCCAACACCAGCUCUCUAUCUCCUUAUCUGCACUUUGGGCAGCUGAGUGCACGCAGCCUAUUAUGGGAUGCCCGUGGAGCUCGCUGCAGACCUCCUAAAUUCCAGCGCAAACUGGCCUGGAGGGACCUGGCGUACUGGCAGCUGUGUCUUUUCCCAGACCUGCCCUGGGAGUCCCUCAGGCCACCGUACAAGGCUCUGCGCUGGAGCUCAGAUCAUGUCCAUCUGAAGGCAUGGCAGCGUGGAAGGACAGGAUAUCCACUGGUAGAUGCAGCAAUGAGACAGCUGUGGCAAACUGGCUGGAUGAACAACUACAUGAGACACGUGGUGGCUUCCUUCCUCAUUGCUUAUCUGCAUAUUCCUUGGCAGGAAGGAUACCGCUGGUUUCAGGACACACUGGUAGAUGCUGAUGUUGCCAUAGAUGCCAUGAUGUGGCAGAAUGGAGGAAUGUGUGGACUGGAUCACUGGAACUUCGUCAUGCACCCUGUUGAUGCAGCACUGACCUGUGACCCCUAUGGCGCCUAUGUGCGGCAAUGGUGUCCUGAACUGAAGGCACUUCCUGAUGACCUCAUCCAUAAACCCUGGAAGUGUCCAGCAUCAAUGCUGCGUAGAGCAGGUGUGGUUUUAGGCACCAGUUACCCAGAGCGGAUCGUUGUUGACCUUGAGGAGCGACGUGCACAGUCUCUACAGGAUGUUGCGGCGGUAAGAAGGCGUUUUAGGCAGUUUGUUGACCAGCGAUCAGGCUGUGACAUGGUGCCUGUUCCUGCAAGGCUGGUUCAAGAAGCUCUGGGCAGUAUGGAGGAUGUUGUGAGUCAUGAAGGAACUGGCUUUCUCCUCCCAGUCAUCACCCGCAUGGAGUUUAAACACCAGUCGGAGGAUCCAGACAGGCAAGAUAACCCAUACAACGCUGUGCUGAAGGGCUACAUCAGCCGCAAACGGGAUGAAACCGUUGCCUUCCUAAACGAGCGAGACUUCACAGCCAGCGUGAUGUGUGAGAGCGCACAGCGUAGAGAGAGGUUAGAGAAGGACCGGUGUCUUCUGGAGGGCCUGCCUCAGCCCACAGUUUCACACAGCCGGGCGAGACGUACCCAAAUCAGAGACCCUUACAGCAAAGUGCCUGGAGGUGUCGCUGUUCCCCACAGAUAACAGCCUGACAUGUUAAGGUUGUAAUUUAGUACUGACCUGAAUAAUAUAGUUUACAUAAAAGACAUUUACAUAUAGUCCACAUGAGAAAAUAGUUGAAUUUAUAAAAAUUACCCGUUCAAAAGUUUACAUACACUUGAUUCUUAAUACUGUGGUAGCAUAUUCUGUAGCUUCUGAAAGGCAGUACUAAAUUAAGAAAAUAUGAUAUUUAGGCAAAAUAAGAAAAAUGUAAAGUUUAUACCAAUGCACACAAUGCAUUGUUUUUCCUUCUGGAGCAUCAGUGAAUGUUUGAACCUUCAGUUGUCCUUAGUGUGAAAAGAUGGAUCUCAAAAUCAUCCAGUCAUUUUUGGAAAGGGUUCAAAUACACAGAAAUGCUGAAAAACUAAAGAAUUUGUAGGACCUUGAAGGAUUUUUCUGAAAAACAGCAGGCAGUUUAACUGUUCAGGUCAAACAAGGGACUACCACUAAACAAAAAAAAAAAAACACCAGCUGUGUAUUAAGAAUCAAGUGUAUGUAAACUUUUGAACGGGGUCAUUUUUAUAAAUUCAACUAUUUUUUUCAUGUGGUACUAAAUUUUCUCAGUACUAAAUAAAUAACAUGCAGUUUGUAUGAUCCCUCUUAUUUUGAUAAAAUAACAUUUUGCAGAUUCUGCAAGGUGUAUGUAAACUUUUGACCUCAACUGUACUUCUCUAAGUUCUUUUAAUACAUCUAGACAUCAGAACAACAUACUUUUGACAUUAUUUAGACUUAUAAGCAACUACAUUAGAAAAAGUAUGGUCUGUUUUGAUUUCAGUUAACUACAAAUGCAGCAUAAGCAAAUUUCCUAUCCUGUACAAACAAAUCCAUCAUGAUUUGGAAACUGUUAAAUAUUUAACAUAUUUAUGACUUAACUUCGUUUUCUUUAAAGGUAUUUUAUAAAACAAUAAUACUUAAAAUAAUUAAUUUGCAGGCACU